AUGAAGAAACAGUUCUACAGAGUAAAACAGCUAGCCGACCAAACGUUUUCGAGAUCAGGCAAAGGUGAGAUCUUGCCAGAUGAACUACAAACAGCAGACCGAAAAGUAGAGCACCUUAGAAAUGCAUUGCAGUUGCUUAGCAAGAGGUUGUCGACGGGAGCUGGAAAUACUCAGGGUCAGGACCCUGCAGCUCGAGAAAAAAGGCUGAAAAAACUUCCAGAAUACCUAUUAGGCUUGUCAAUGUGUGAAGCUAGCAACUAUGAUGAUGAUGAUAGUAUCCUUAAAUAUAUUUUGUAUGAAUGUGGAAAAACUGAGAAAUUUCUUGCAAAUGAAAUUGCUGAGCAUGAGUUGAAAGUUGAACAAUUAGUAUGUGCACCACUUACAACAAUUAGUGAAACAGAUUUGCCUGCUAUCAUGAAGGCAAAAAAACAACUAAGCCGACUUAUGAAUGAGAAAGAAUCAGCAGCCAGCAGAUAUAAUCACCUCGAGCGUCAAAAAGAAGAGAAUCCAACUAAGUUAAGCGCGGCUAAAGAGGAAUACGAAGAAGCGGGUAACAAAGUGGAGGCAGCAAGGGAUGCAUUAGCUGCUGAUAUGUUCGCGCUGGUCGCGAAAGAAGCUCAGCUAGCGCACACACUCCUUCAGUAUGUGAAGUUACAGAGAGCUUACCAUGAAUCGGCGCUGCAUUCAUUGCAGGAUACCGUCCCGGAACUUGAAAGGUUUAUAAAUGACAGUUCUGUGAAGCCAGUAUUUGGGUACCCAUUGGAAGAGCAUUUGCGUGUGACGAGUCGCACUAUCGCCUUUCCAAUAGAGAUUUGUGUUUGCACAUUACACGAGCUGGCGCUUAAUGAAGAAGGGCUUUUUAGGAUUGCUGGUGGUACUUCAAAAGUAAGACGCAUGAAGUUAUCCUUAGACGCCGGUUUAUUUAAUGUCCCUCUACCAUCAGAUUAUAAAGAUAUGCACGUCGUAGCUUCUGUGCUUAAAUCUUAUCUCAGGGAGUUACCGGAACCCCUAUUAACAUUUAGGCUCUACGAAAACUUUAUUAUCGCAUCACGACAACCAACGGAACAAGCCCGACUCAAUUCUCUUUGGGAAGCCAUACACUUACUUCCGGAUGCAAACUUCCAAAAUCUUCGCUAUCUAAUUAAAUUUUUAUCCGCCUUGACACAAAAUCAAAGCACAAACAAAAUGACUCCCUCAAAUUUGGCCAUCGUCAUAGCUCCCAAUCUUCUUUGGGCUGUGGACGAGAGUACCUUCGAUAUGAACAUCACUACGGCUGUCAAUUGCGUCGUUGAACUUCUGAUCAAGCAUGCCGACUGGUUCUUUAAAGACGAUAUCAACUUUUUCAUUUCCUUCACAAAAGAACACCUGCUCCCAUAUCAAUGCUCUGAUCAAGACUACGGAUUUACGUCAAACUUUGGACAGGGCUACAAUCAAACCGCUGCUCUUAAUCAGGAACAGUCAAAUGGAGAUUUCAAUAGCAUGAGCAAGUCCCUAUUCGAUUAUAAUCAUCAAGCAUCCAACAAAUCUACGGUGGACGGUCCCGGCCGACACUCUCGCAGCAACAGUCACGACACUAGCUUAAUUUUACUAGAAAACGAUAUUAAAAAAGCACAAUCGAACAGCUCAUUGUCUGAUCAAUCUAGUCCACCGCAUGGAAGUCCUAAACCAAUAAUGAGGCGGAAAAAUAAACCUCUCGCCCCUGUGCCUCCUAACUUCACUCCAGACAAGAAAAAAGCUGAAGCACAAACGCAAGUCACAGAAACUAAAGAACUUACCGUAACGAAAGAAAAUGAAAAACCUGCUAAACCACCGAGGCCGGUUAUAUCAGAAACUGGGAAAGUUAUCACUGGCGUACAAACUAUAAACAGAUCGACGUACCGACAAAGUAAGGCUUUGAAAGAGGAAGCGUCACGCAGCGGAAGCAGAGAAAACCUGGCAGAUACUCGUAGACAAAGCUUUGAGUUCGAAAAAGAGAAGUUUGAUUUCAAAAACGAUAAAGACACGCUAGUAGUCAAAAAUAUGACCGCUCAAACGGGGAUAGUAGGGAGAAUGAAAAUCAUCGGCGAUAUAAGUGGGCCGGCAUCCCUGGGAGCAGAGAAAGACAAACCUGUCAGAAUACAAAUCCCAAAACCCACGGGCCAACCACCACCUCGGCCGGUUGCAGCACCAAGGACUAUAGUCCCCGCGCAAGAAACAGAAGACGUCCAACUACGUCAUAAGCCAGCGGUGCCAGAGCGACCAGCUACUCUACGCCCGCAAAGCUUUCGUGGCCAAAGGUCGUCUCUCGCAGAGGGAACGGACGUGGCACCCACAGUAUUAGAACGUACGCACAUCUACACAGUGGACAAACAACAUCCGACAGUGAUUCAAGUGGGUGGAAAUGAAGAGGAGCCACGUGCAACCGUACAAAGGACGCACAGUUCCGGGGGCAAAGAUGCCGAAUUGGACGAACCAAAAUUGACUAAUGCCAGUAGGCAGCUCUCGCAGUCGGAUGGCAGCAUUACAGACGGGCCGAAGUCCCCGAAGGCACAGCCUAACCGCCCCCCUCGGCCCAUGGUCCCUGCCCCUCCACCGCCGGUCGUCCCCCCGCAAAACGAGAGCACAGACCUCUAG